AUGGAGGGUGGUAAGCACUUGGAUCCUCCAUUAGACAAAAGCAGCACUCCAAGAAACCACCAAAAAACGCAUGAAUGCUCAGAGUGUGGGAAAUCUUUUGCUUGCAGGUCCCUCCUUUUGACCCACAGGAAGGUCCAUGUGGGAAGUGGAUCCACUGAAGGUUUGGAGGUUGAGAAAUCCAACUCUGGAAAUGAAGGUCUCAGCUCUUCCAGACUAAAACCCUAUAAAUGUGAGGAUUGUGACUUACGCUUUGGUCAAAAGUCAGACCUUCUUACACAUCAGAAAAUCCACACUGGAGAGAAACCUUAUCAAUGUCUGGAAUGCGGGAAAUUUUUCCGUGAAAAAGCCCAUCUCAGAAACCACGAGAAAAUCCACACAGGGAAGAAACCUUACAACUGUUGGGAAUGCGGGAAGAGCUUUUCUCAGAUCUCAGGUCUUUGGCACCAUGAGAAGAUUCAUGCUGGGAUCAAAUCUUACAAAUGCUACGAGUGUGGAAAAUGUUUCACCGAUAGUCCAUCUCUUCGGAAACAUGAGAAAACACACACAGGAGAGAAAAAUGAAAAAUGCCUCAAAUGUGGGAAAUGUUUUAUUCUGAAAUCAACUCUGUGGCUACACCAGAGACGUCACACUGGAGAGAGACCCUAUCAAUGCUCAGAAUGUGGGAUCCGGUUUAUGCAUUCUUCUGAACUUAAGAGACACCAGAUGAG